CCUUGAUGUCGCCAUUGGACCAUGCACCUAUAAAAACUCAAUGGACCUUUGAACUUCAGCCGAUCCUUUUACUCCUACCCUCCUCUGGCUCCCCCUUUUACAUCUUCUCUAGAAACCCACGCUCUUCUCCGCUUACGAACUUUCCCUCGGACGUUUCCUCGUAUUUCUGCAAACAAUCUUUGGUUCCUAAAAGGGAUGUCCUCCAACAAUGUGCCAUUUGACCAAUCGCCACCAUUCAUCAUCACGCAGCCUAACUACAACCCCCAGUCUGGGAGUGCCCACGGCUCGGUAGGACCAGUUGUGGCAGUGCUCGUAGUGGUAGCUGUCCUCGGCAUGGUGGCAGCUAUCAUCGGCCGGCUCUGCACAGGCAAGAGAAUCAUGGGGUACGGCCACAAUUGCAAUAUGGAGAGCUGGGCCGAGACCAAGUGCUCGUCCUGCAUUGACGGGCGGAUCCAUGUCCCACCCCCGAGGUCUAGGACGGUCGGCGGCAAUGCACAGGCAUCAGUGCUGACCCCGGUCCAAGCCCAGGCGGCGCACCAGGAGACUGAGCAGAGCGAUCAGCAUUCUCCUCACAUUGUGCCUCCCAAUGCUUGUUCUUGAGUGUCUCUUAUGAAUGUAAUAGGUACAUGUUACCUCCUAAGCUCAUUGUUUAGGAUGUAGAUUAUGAAGCAUUGCUUGGCCUUAUUAUCUCGAUCGACCGAGUUAUUUUCCUACUCCUCUGGUGCAGAAGAAUACAAGAUUUCCAUUACUUUUGCCAUCGCAGUCCCAUAACCACUGGAACCAUCGGACCUUCUACAAUUACUAGCUCGGGAUUGGAACAUCGUGCUCGAAAACGAGAGCUAGUAUUUACUAGAUCAAGAUUUGUCUGAAAAUUCAAAACUAAGUUAUUGGAUCUGCAAGAUAAUAAUACUUCAUGAGAUCAGAUGGACCACUGCCGCAGAGAAGGUGGCCAGGGCUGACAAUUAGGGGCCAUACCCCCUCAAAUCAUGUGGGCCCUGUCGUAUCAAGAUUUUGUAAUUUGUUCCUUGGAAAUUCGAUUCCAUAUCCUAUUAGGAAAUGCCGAUGCUCUGCCUCUCUGUUGCUGCAUGCUCGAGAUCAA